UGUCUCUCCUGUGAUUUCAAGCCGCAUACUGAACCCAUGACCCUGCUCAACAUACACGGCUACAACAACAUCAUAUACUAUACAUCUCUAUGUGUGACUUGUGUUUCACCAUGUUCUUUUUCUUCCUGCUGUGUCUUUCCUGGAAAGUGCAUGAGAUAAAUAACUAUGUUGUCAAAGAUUAACCUUUUGUGAAUUUCUCUAUACCGCUAUGUAAAUAAUAACGACUAGAAUUGCCCUGACUUCAUCAGAUUUGUUUCCUCACAGGAGUACAUCUUAGCUCUUUUGUUACAUCCAUCAGAGGAGAGAAAAAAACGUUCAAAGUUCAUGAGGCGUACCUAAGUCUACGCUCGGCGGCUUUGUGCUGUUAGAAUUGAACUUUUUCAUCACUCUCACAGUAGAAGGACCGACUCCUUUCUCCUGAAAAUGAGCGCAUAUAUUCUUUAUACCAUUCUUACGGGUUUGGCAAUUUUGCCAUUACUCCUUUACCUGAGAAACCCUUACUUUUGGGACGACUUAAAUUACGCACUUACUGCAAUCAAAAUCGGUAUAAGCAUAGAAAGGUACAAGAAGCGGAAACCGUUUUACAGCAUUUUGGACAGUUUUCUGGACAAAGUGGCGAAGCAGCCGCAGAAGAAGUUUAUAGUUUUCGAGGACAGCUCCUACACUUACAGCCAAGCCGACAAGGAAAGCAACAGAGUGGCCAGAGCUCUGUCGACUCAUGGCAAUGUAAAGGCAGGAGACACAGUGGUUCUGUUUAUGGCCAACGAACCGUGGAUGGUGUGGCUCUGGCUCGGACUGGCCAAGCUGGGAUGCACGGCUUCUCUACUGAACUACAACAUCAGAUCCAAGUCCCUGCUGCAUUGCUUCUCCUGCUGUGACGCCAAGGUCCUGGUCGCUGGUGCUGACUUACGAGAGGCUGUAGGGGAGGUGUUGCCCACACUGAAGCAACAGGGCGUCCGUGUGUUCAUCCUCAGUGAGGACUGUGAUGUGGAGGGCUUCGAAAGCCUCUCUGAUAAAAUUCAGCAGGCCUCAGACCAACCUCUGUCCCCUCAACUGAGGGCCCACAUUAACAUCAAGAGUCCUGCACUAUACAUCUACACCUCCGGAACCACAGGCCUUCCCAAAGCGGCUGUAAUUAACCACGAGAGGAUAUGGAUGGCAUCUUUUCUUCAGUCUAUGGCUGGCGUACGCUCAGACGAUAUCAUCUACAUAUACCUACCUCUCUACCAUAGUGCAGGCUUUCUGAUGGGACUCUGUGGAUCCAUAGAAAAGGGCCUCACUAUUGUCUUAGGACGGAAAUUCUCUGCCUCUAACUUCUGGAGUGAGUGUAGGAAGUACAAUGUGACCGUCAUUCAGUACAUAGGAGAAAUUAUGCGCUACCUCUGCAACACACCGAAGAGAGACAAUGACAGAGAUCAUAAAGUCCGACUUGCGUUUGGGAAUGGGAUAAGAGCUGACACCUGGGCUGAGUUCCUACAGCGAUUUGGGGACAUUCGCAUCUGUGAAUGCUACGGAGCAACGGAGGGAAACAUUGGCUUUGUCAACUUUACUGGGAAAAUUGGAGCUAUUGGCAGAGAGCAUUAUCUACAUAAGAAAGCGUUUUCAUAUAGCCUCAUAAGGUACGACACAGAGAAAGAGGAGCCAGUCAAAGACUCCAGAGGGUUUUGUAUUGAAGUCCCGACGGGAGAGACUGGUUUGUUGGUUGCAAAGAUCGGAGAGAGAUCACCUUUCAGCGGAUACGCCAAGAACAGGCAGCAGACGGAGAAGAAGACACUGAGAGAUGUGUUCGUGAAGGGAGACCUCUACUUUAACAGUGGUGACCUUCUAAAGAGAGACAAUGAAGGAUUUGUCUACUUUCAAGACCGCAUCGGAGACACUUUCAGGUGGAAAGGAGAAAAUGUGGCAACCACGGAGGUGGCCGAUCAUUUGCUCAUGGUUGACUGCAUUGAGGAAGCAAAUGUCUAUGGUGUGAAAGUGCCAGGACACGAGGGGCGAAUUGGAAUGGCAGCACUGAAGCUGAAGGAAAACAUGGAUUUUGACAGCAAAGCUACAUAUCAGCAUGUCAAAAAGUACCUCCCCAGCUACGCAAGACCUCACUUCAUUCGCAUUCAGGAUGCACUGGCAGUGACUGGGACGUUUAAGCAAAUGAAGGUGAAGCUGGCAGAGGAGGGCUUUGACCCUGCUGUCAUAAGGGACCCUUUGUUCUACCUGGAGGACAAUAAAGGCUACGUACCUAUGACUCAGGAGAUAGUCAACUCCAUUGCAGAGGGAAGAAUCAGGCUCUGAAGGAGUUCAGUGUUUAUUAAUAGAUUGUCAUCCUCCAGUAGUACAUUUGAUUUUAGCUUAUACAAGAUGCCAAAUAAUGCUAAAUGCUAAAAACACACCGAGCCUUAAUGUGCAGCUGCUAUACCCUUUGAGGAUUCUUGUGUAUUGAAAUAUUUCAAGGGAUAAUAAUGUUGUUUGAAAUAUUUUUUAAUAAAAAGAUUUUAAAAACAUGAUUGAUAAUAAGCAAA